AUCAAACGACCCACCGCAGACACCAUAUCACCGAAAAUCCUGUUCGCUGCCGAGUCCCACGGGUCCCGUUGACGACGGGGCGUCGCCGUUGUCUGCACCGAGCGAGGGGUGCUUUGGGUCGGCUGUAGAGUCGGGGCCGUCGCAAUGCGCGGCUCGCAGCUGCUCCUGCUGGCGCUGCUGGUUGUAGCUGCCGGGCACGCGGCCCUGGCACAGCUCGCGGCUCAGCCCUCCGAAACAGGCGGCAGCACCAGUGGCGGCGGCCUGAGGACCGCCGGCAGUAGCGGCGACGAGGCGGCGGGCAGCCUGUCCCGGGAGAUCAUCCGCACGCCUGCGCAGGGCGCGGCAGGGGGUCCGGGUGCGACGCAGCAGCAGAUGGGGGCGGGCCCGGUCUGCGCGAACGGCCUCAGCCGUGUGCAAUGCCUGGUGGAUCCUUGCGCGCUGUCAAGCUGUCCCCGCGGCACCGAGUGCGUGUCCGACUACUGCGGUGGCUGCUUCGCCACCUGCGUGCGCGGCGGCGGCAGUAGUAGCAGUGGCAGUAGCGUCAGUGACGACGCCGCAGCCGACGGUGCCAGCGCCAACGCCACCUGCGCCGCCAACCGCGCCCCCUGCAACUGCACCAGUGACUGUUGCAGCAGUGCCUCAAUCUGCGUCAGCUACACGCCCGCCUCCAGUAGCACCGGCGGUGGCACCGCUACCGGUGGCGGCAGCGGUACCGCCCUCGUCCCACGCCGCACUGGCAGUAGCAGUGGUGGCAGCGUCGGCACAGCUGCUCUCCCCCGCGAGGCGGCGGUGGGCAGUGGCGGCUCGGGACGGCGCCUCCUGCAGGCCGCGGUCACCGGCGUCGUCCCUCGGGGCACUGCACCUGCAGGUAGUGCGGGCAGUGCCGGCGGCGCCGCCGGGACUGUCGCAAGCGUCACUGCUGGCGGCGGCGCAGCUGGUGGCAACGGCGCAGGCCGGGUUAUUGGCCCUGCGACUCCAGCCGAUGCGGAUGCGGAUGUGGAGGCUACGGGCGACGUGGUUGAGGAGGAGCCCACCGUGACGACCCAGGCGCCGGCGGGGGUGCUGCUGACCGUGCCUGGCAGCGGCAACGGUAGCGGCACAUGUGUGUCGCGGCGGGUGGUGGGCGCGGUGCAGCGGCGGCUGCAGCUGAGCGCCGCGACGGGGGCGGAGGGGCGCGCCACAGGCAACCUGACCGAGUACGCGUGCUAGCGGGGCCCAGGUUGCUUUGGUUCGAUUCAGCAGGGCAAGGAGGCGAGUGGCAAGAAGGUUGCUUCGGUUGCCUGAGAGAGGUUCACGAGCCAGUGUUGGCCCUGCGCCGGACCCCAGGAAAGCCUGGUACAGGUGGGGAGAGGAGAGGCAGGGAGGACGCGGAGCCUAGGAGUAGGAGGAGCUUCGCGCUCAAGGCGAGUAUUGUAAGGGAGAAGGGCGCGGAUGAGGAGCCUGGUAAGGCGAGGUGCAUGAGCGCGGGAUCAGUGUUGAAUGGUGUUGAUGACUGGUGUGAUGCGGUCUUGUUGCAAAAUCGUCGCAGGCAGCGAUCGGGUAUUGCAGCCAGACUUUCUUGACGCAUUCCAAGGACAACAACGCGGCGCAUGGCGUGUGGGACUGUUGCUGCAUGCGCACUGGGUUCCGCAGUUCCGGUACAGCAUGGCCACCAGCGGCCACCAACUGCGCCAGUUGCGGCCAUGAGGCCACGCCCCGGAUGGGAAGCACGAAACAGGAGGCUCUCCUUCGCAAGGUGUCGCGUGCGUGCAUGGCAGCUUCGUUGCUACAGACUGUGGGCGACUUAAGUUUGGUACCCGGGCGCUCUAUGCCGAGAAGCCUUGC